GCAGGAUCCGGACCUAUCGAAUCAUCUGACAAGUCCCUGUCGUUAUGCCAACUGAUAUGGCAAAACCCGAGAUCUAAUUCUUCCCAAACUGGUGGAGUUAGACGGAGCUAACCGGGAAUACCACUCGAUCUCAUCGCUUAGAGAACGGACACAAGUCCGAACUUGUUCUAUUUGGAGUAGGAUAACUUUGAAUUUGAAUUGUGAAAAUUGGGUGUUCUUUGUUCUUAAAGUCUUGGUUUAUUUUGUUAGAGAUGGAUGUUAUAUAAAGAGAGUUAUCCCAUUUAUAUAUCACACCCUUCAUGAGAACAUUGACGUUAUAAGCAACUUUACAAUGACGGAGGAAACUACGAAAAUUCUGGUUGUCGGGGGCUCAUUUGGAGGUCUGUCCUUUUUGAAGCAGUUCAUCAACCUUGUCGAGAAAGGUGAUGUGACGGAUAAGAAGAUCCAGAUUGAUCUUAUCGAGCCGAGAGCAGGCCUUUUAAACGUCUUGGGUAUACCACGUGCGGUUAUUGAUGAUGUAUAUGCCAAAGAGAGCUACUUUAACACGGAGAAUAUGAACAUAAAGUUCACAUCGGUAACCAGUUCAUACCAGGAUACCCUCGACAGAUGGGCCAGUACCAAACAGACCGAAGAAUUGCCGCAGAAUUUGACAGUUAAUUAUAUCCAAGGCAAAGUGACUUCGUUCAUUGAUGAUCACAACGUCAAUUACCAAGUUGGCGAAGAGCAGGACACCAAGAGAUUGCAGUUUGACUACUGUGUCUACGCUGCAGGUCGAAGAAGAAGAUGGCCAUUUGACCCAAAGGCAAUCACUGAAGAGGGCUUUGUAAAAGAGAUGCAGAAGAGUAAGAAAGAAAUCGAAGACUCAAAUAUCAUUACAGUUAUUGGUGGUGGGGCACUGGGUAUCGAGAUUGCAGGUGAGUUUAAAGAAUACUAUGGCGAUUCUAAAAGGAUCAGGUUGGUUCACCCUCAUCCUUUUGUUCCCCCAGAGAUAUUUGCAUCCAAGAACUUCAAGCAGAAACUGAGAGAAGAGCUGGAGGCCUCAGGUGUUGAACUAUGCUUCAACACAAGGAUAGAGACAGAACUUGAAAAUGGUGACUUGGUAACCACAGAUGGUCGCACGCUGGAAUCGGACUUGAACUUGUGGUGUAAUUACCACAAGAAUAACAUCGAGCCAUUGCUGCCUGUAUUUGAGUCCUCAAUUGAGCUACCUAAGGGUGAAGUGAGUGUUGAUACUCGUUUUUUAAUGAAAGGCCACGAAAAUAUCUUCGCCAUUGGUGAUGUUAUUAGUUUGAAAAUCAUCAAGACUUGUGGUGGUGCUUACAGACAAGGUCUAUACGUAGGUGAAUCCCUAUACAACAUCAUUGUUAAGGGAGAGAAAAAGUACGUGGAGCUAGACUUAGAUACAUGGCCCCAUGGAAUGACCAUUGUUGUGGGUACUCAGAGAAUCAUCUCACAAUGGGAUGACAUCGGCGACGGCAAAGUUGUGUAUAAUAGUGAUGCAUUGCUAGAGAUGUACUCUGACUAUUGUACAAAGAGUUCCAAGACGUUAUACAACAUGAAGUGAGAAAUGGGUAUCCCAACACCUGUAUACGUUAAGAUUGGUCGUAUAACUACAUAUAUAGAAUAUUCAAUGGUUAUUAUUCCCCUAUUUUGCUCGAAUUCAAGUUACCCAUACAUGGAAGCAGAUAUGUUGCAGAGGCUUAGCAUAAGCUUGUAGUUGGAUUUAUAUAAGAUGUGGUACAUUCUCGGACUCUAGCUAACCCACAACAAGGGAUAAAUGUCACCAACAAAAUGCAUAGGGAGCGCUAUCAACACAAUAUUAGAAGCCAUGUGGAGUUCAUAUCUAACCAAUAUUGAGCUACGACGGCCACACACAUGCCUAUAUUGGAAUGUAGGAAAUCCCCUGGAAUAAUUGAAC